AUGGCAAAAAGCAAAUCAUCAUCAUCUGCUUCAGGCAAGCAAGCCUCGGGAUCAUCAUCGUCUUCGCCAUCAUCAACCACCAUCAUGUCUCCAGAAAUGAUCAUGAGACCCACUCCGAAUGUUUCUCUCUCCGAUAGUAUUGCGGAGGAAUUUAAAUUACCACUCAAAGCAGCUAAUUACAUGUUCUUUUGUUUCUUGUUGAGUAAUUUAUUGGCUGCGUUUUUAAUGCCGAUCAGUGAUUGUGAUGAAACAUUUAAUUAUUGGGAACCUACACAUUUGAUUCUGUAUGGAAAGGGUUUGCAAACUUGGGAAUACAGUCCAGUAUUUGCUCUUCGUUCUUAUUUAUAUGUUUGGAUUCAUGUAUUCAUGGGAAAGAUUGCCAUGCUUCUUGGAUUUACUUCUUCAGUGGAAGUGUUUUAUGCCAUUCGGAUUGGAUUGGCAUUUGUGUGUGCUCUUUCUCAAACAGUAUUUGCAAAAGGAAUUUAUGAAAGAUUUGGAAGUAGAAUUACCUUGUUGACAAUUCUCGUAACAAUGGGAUCGCCAGGAAUGUUUAUUUCAUCAGCAGCUUAUUUACCAUCAUCUUUUUCAAUGUACAUGCUCAUGUUUGCUUUCGGAAAUUGGUAUAGCGUUGCCAUUACGGAAUUGGACAAGAAAAUCAAAUGGUUCUUUUGUGUCUUGUUUGUGGGAUGUUCGGUGAUUAUUGGAUGGCCAUUUAGCGUCGUGUGUGGACUUCCAAUUGCAAUUGACACUAUUCACAAGUGUGGAUUCUGGAGGACUUUAAAAUAUGCAAUUUUUGUUAGUGUUGUCAUUAUCUCUGCUACUGUGGCAAUUGACUACUAUUAUUAUAAGAGAAUAUUUUUCACACCACUGAAUCUUGUCAUGUAUAACAAGGGCCAGGGAAGUGAAAAGUUUGGAGUGGAGCCAUGGCAUUUCUAUACCAAGAACUUGAUUUUGAAUUUUAAUUUGGCUUUCGUAGUUGCCCUUCUUACUCCAUUCUUAGUAUUGAUACAUUAUUUAGUAACUAAUAGUUGGGAAAAUUUACUUAUAGAUAAAUUGAGAGGAGCUUAUAUGAAUCGUGCACAAAGAUGGACCAUUCACUACCGAUGGAUAAUAUUUAUUUCCCCAUUCUAUGUGUGGUUUUUAUUCUUCUCAUCUCUUCCUCACAAAGAAGAAAGAUUCAUGUUCGUUGUGUAUCCUUUGAUAUGCCUGGCAAGCGCAAUUGGAAUUGAACUUCUUUUGAGAAUAUUGGAUAUGAUAAUUUAUAGGAAGGGAGCAAAUGAGAUCACAAUAGCUGUUAUUAAAGAAUACGAAGAGGAACCUCUCCAAAGAAUUGAUGACCACAAAAUGGGAUCCCUUGGAGUGAAGAGAAGUACUGUUUCAAUAAUAAUGGCAGUUCUCAUUGUAGGAAUUAUCAUGAUUCUCGGCAUGUCACGCUCCAUUGGUAAUGUAAAAAAUUUCCAUGCACCACUCAAAGUGUAUUCAGAGCUUCAUAGUGAGCUAACGACCUUGGAAAAGAAUGCUCCACCUACAAAUAAGACAAUUCCAGUCAAUGUUUGUGUUGGUAAAGAAUGGUAUCGAUAUCCUUCUUCUUUCUUCUUGCCAACCUCCAAGAAGUUUGACAUUAGAAUUCGAUUUUUAAAAUCGGGAUUUUCUGGACUUUUGCCCAAAUAUUUUGCAGAUGAAAACCCAACCUCUUCUAUUCCUACAGGCAUGAAUGACGAAAAUCGUGAAGAAAUGGACAGAUAUAUACCAGAAAAUAAGUGUCAUUAUGUGGUUGAUUUUGACAUUGCUGACCAAAAAGAAGAGAGUUUCAAUGCCAAACCAGACAAGUGGACGCCAAUCUUUCAAGUCCCAUUCCUUGAUGCCAAUCACUCUCCAGCCUUUUUCCGUUCAUUCUAUAUUCCGUUUUAUAAUAUGAACAAGUAUGGGACUUAUACACUCUUUACAAGAAAAAUCAACCAAGAAAAGGCAAAAGUGUAA